GAUGAGAAAUGCUCAGAUGCACUGAGAAUCAGGAAAAUGACACAUCAUCUGACUAAACAUGAGCGGUAUUGAUUAAAUAUUGACCCACAGGACAAAGAGAGUUCUCAAAUGCACGUGCCUGCAUGUUUGUAUGCCUGCAUCAAUGUGUUUGCUCAGGCAGAUAGAUGUAACUGAUACCAACACAAUUACCUGGGCAGCAAAUGUAAACGGGUGACAUGACAAUUUGUGGCCUUUACUUCAAAAUCCACACGCGGAACUGCUGCCAUACAGCAGCCUAUCAAAAUCAUUUUAAUUAUUUCAUCAGCCCUGCUACUGGCAGGCAAUUGCAUCACUCCUGUGGUUUAGAAAGGUAAUUUCAUGGAGGUGACUGCCUAGUGAGAACAGUCUGUGCUCUAAUGGAGCUCCGCUAACAUGAGCCACAGGCCAUAGAGAGUGGGAGAAAAAGUACUUCAGGGGCGAAAGCAGGCUGCAAUAAGAGGAAUGGCUCAAUAAACACGUGUCUAAUUGAGCUGUAAAGCUACAACCAUGAGAGAUGCUUGGAUUGGCUUUGACUGACAUUUUUCGAUGAGCUGUUGGGUAGCAGGUGAAGAGAGGCUGGUAAUUUUGGACAGCAACCAAUAAGGAGAAUUAAAAAAAAGAGGAUGUGAUCAAACAUUAUUGUAUACUAGAUCUGAUUAAAGCUCUUUGACAAAUGGUUUGCCUUUGGGCAGGGUUAGAAUCAGGCAAGAGAACAGUGUUCUCACAUCUUGCUUUGCGCACCAGUGCGCUUUUUCCAAAGGGAGCGCGCAGAGACGCACACAUGGGCGCGCGCAGAGGGAGAGAGAGAGAGAGAGAGAGAGAGAGAGAGAGAGAGAGAGAGCAAACCUCGUCUGGGGCGUCUCAUCAUUAAUUUGCUGUCCAGUUUUCGUGCGCUCCUGUGCACCUGCUUUGGAAAUCUCGGACUCCUCGUUUGAAAAAAAUACAAAAAACAAAACAAAAAAAAUCUCACUUGAAUUUUUUUGAAAAUGGAGUUCCCCACUCUUCCUCCCGACGCUCUUGGCGAUUUUAACGAGCACUACUCGUUCCCCGGAACUCCUUUCAAUGGUUCGUUUCCCGAGGAUCUGCUGCCUCUGCCUUCAAAAAGCAACAAGACCGUCGGGGCUGCGACCGGGGACACUGGGAGUCUAAUCAUCGCCGUUUGUGUCACGGCUCUCUAUUCUCUCAUCUGUGUGGUGGGACUGCUGGGUAACGUGCUUGUAAUGUACGGGGUGGUCAGGUACACCAAAAUGAAGACCGCCACUAACAUCUACAUCUUCAACCUGGCUCUCGCCGACGCCCUCGCCACCAGCACCCUCCCCUUCCAGAGCGCCAAGUGCCUGAUGAGGACGUGGCCCUUUGGGGAGCUGCUGUGCAAAGUGGUCAUCGCCAUUGACUACUACAACAUGUUCACCAGCAUCUUCACGCUCACCAUGAUGAGCGUGGACCGCUACAUCGCCGUGUGCCAUCCUGUGAGGGCCCUGGACUUCCGCACGCCCGCCAAAGCCAAGCUCAUCAACAUCUGCAUCUGGAUCCUCUCCUCUGCCAUCGGGGUCCCUGUGAUGAUCAUAGCUGUUACCAAGGAGACAGAUAAAGGAAACAUCGUCUGCACACUCAGAUUCCCCAAACCUGAGCAGAACUGGGACAAAGUGAUGAAAAUCUGCGUGUUCAUCUUUGCUUUUGUGGUUCCCGUCCUGGUCAUCACCAUCUGCUACGGUCUGAUGAUCCUGCGACUCAAGAGUGUACGUCUUCUCUCCGGCUCCAAAGAGAAGGACAGGAACCUGCGGCGCAUCACCCGCAUGGUCCUGGUGGUAGUGGCGGCCUUCAUCAUCUGCUGGACUCCCAUCCACAUCUUCAUCAUGGUCAGGACCAUGGUGGAUAUUGACCAAAAAAACCUCCUGGUGAUGGCCAGCUGGCACCUGUGCAUCGCGCUGGGCUACACCAACAGCAGCCUCAACCCCGUGCUGUACGCCUUCUUGGAUGAGAACUUCAAGAGGUGCUUCAGGGAUUUCUGCCUGCCCUACCGCUCCCGCCUGGAGCAGAGCAGCUUCUCCAGGGCGCGCAACAGCACACGGGAGCCCGCGUCCGUUUGUGCUCCUGCGACGACAGAGAGACCGCCGGCCUGACUAGGAAUGGAUCAGAGGGGAGAGGGGGUAGUUCAGGAUGACCUCCAGACUGAGGUCACUCAGUUCUCCACCACAGGAGUAUGAGUCUAGAGAUAGUAUGAGAUAGAGAGGCUUUUGACCUACCUAUGAAGAUAAAUCAUCGAUUGUGUUUUUGAAUUCAUUUAAUGAAAUGUCUGUGUCCCAAUAGGUUUUAUAAGAGUCAGGAUGAUCACAAACAUGCCUGUGUGUGCCUGUGCAUAAGGAAGUGGAUACAAAUGUACAUAUAAUCUUGGAGUGUACACACACACACACACACACACACACACACACACACACACACAUACACACACACACACAAACACAGUACAAUCAGAGAGUAUUUCGAGAGUUCAUACGUUUUUUUUUUUUUUUUUUUUUUUUUUACUGUUUUGGCUCCACUUAAGCUCAAUAAAAAAUUAAUAGCGCUUGAAGUGCUGACACCAAGCUUCAACAAUGUUUGCAGGUCUUCACAUCCAUAUUAGGUGAACAGCACAGGACUCAUAGCUGUGUGUAUACAUAGUCUCACAAUGAUCAGAUUGUCAAGCAGGUGAUUGAUCACACAGACAGUGCCACCACUGAGGAGUCUUUUUAUGGCCAAGCAGCGGCCGGCGUGUGACUGGUUGAGUUGGUCACCUGACCUCAAGUCCCACAGAUCGCGAACUUCACUUGAUGGAGACCAGACUGACUGAGAAAAUCUCCUGUAGCAGCAAGAGGUGAAGACGGCUGCGGUGCAGGCUUGGCAGAGCAUCAAUAGGGGAGAUAUUACUGUGAAGCAAACACUUCAGCCAGUCAUUGAUUUGCAGCUUAGUAUUUGAACACAAUGGCUUUAUUUAGCUUUAGCUUAGCUUGUGAAUAUUACUUUCGAUUCCUAGGGGAUACAGUUGAUUUUAUAGCCUUUUUUGCCAAAAAUGUCUUGUUGAAAAUGAUGCUUUGAGAGUGGUGAGAGUGAACCAAAACAGUAAUGUUGCGGGCCAAAAAAACAGAAAUGAGCUGAAAGACGCUAUAAUGCCGCACUGAGCUGAGGGGAACUGCAGAGUCAAGUGAUAGUUAUCUGAGGGUUUACCACUACAAGCAGCUCCCUUCACAUAACACAGUCACUGAGUCCACUUAAUCUAAACACAGCUGAAUUUGCUGUGGUAAAUUUCACAUCCAGUGCGCUGGAAUUCUACAUGACCACAGCGCCAUAUUAUUUCACUUUUAUCAAACCAGCACACCAUCAAAGGAAUGAAAUCAAAUGAAAAUAUGGCCUUUGAGAUUAAGCAGUGAUGACUGGCGCUUCUAGCAUAUAGUCACCAUGAGCAUCAGUCUUCAGUUGACUCACUGUCUCCACUCCUCUAGCAGUUAGUCUGCUCUGGUUUGUUUUGGUUUUUUUGUUUGUUUGUUUGUUUGUUUUUGUAUUUUGCACAACCAAAAUAUUCAUCUGACAAUAAACUGAGGAACUGGCACUGCAGUUUCAACUCGUAGUGAGGUGACUGAAUGAUCCCCAAACUGGCACAGAGACAAGUCUGAAUUGGCUGAAAUGCUUUAGCAAGCAACAAGAUCAUCCUGUACAUACUACAGCUAAUGGACAGCUUUCCACUGACGAUCGUUGGACACUUGCAGGAUGAGAUGUAAACACUUUUUUUUUAACACAUUUUGAGAGAAACACAUUUUGAGAGUCAUCUUUCCUCUGCAGCAUUGCAGUUUUGUUUAAAAUGCAGGCAUCUAAAUUACAUACUGUAUCAAGUGUAAAGAUACUAUUGUUAUGUAACAACAUAAAGUGAUAAUGUGAUUUUUUUUGUGUUCUAACGUGCUGUCAAUCUGUUGUACCAUUAAACUUCACUUGUAGAGUCAAUUAUUAUAUAACUAUGUAUUUACACUAAGUGCUAUAAGAACUAGAUGAAGCAUUCUAAAUCUUAAAAAAAAAAAAGUUUGUGUCUCCUGUCUGGACUGUCUCUAACUUUUUUAAAGCCAUACCUGUAAGAGGAGCAUUCAUAAAUGCCUUCUGCAGGGUGGCCAACAAUAUGUUCAUCUUAAUGAAAAUCUGUACCAUAAUGCCUUAUUCAGCUUUAUGUUUAGUUCUGUUUGUAAAUGUGAAUUGUUUUGUAGAGAAAACUGCUUGAUCUUUAUAUUAUCCUCAGAUUUUUUGGUUUCAGUAAAGACAAUAUAUAAAGUAUCUUAUUGUAUAGAUGUAAUUACCACUUUUGUCUUUUGAAAACAUUAAUACAGUUGUCAGUUGCAUAAGUUGUAUCUUGUAAGUGCUUUUAUUUUGAAUUUUUGUUGUUAAUGACUUUUAGUUUUAAUCAAAUAGUUUGUUUUCUGUGAUCAUUAUUACUGAUGUUGUUUACACUUAUACUCUGUAAAUGCCAGUGAGGCCUCAUGGGAGUCACACAUGUAAUUAGUUGGUACAAUUAAUUACGUAUUACUCAUCAGGUCGGUGUUGACUGGGCCGAGGGGCCUUCAACCUGGAAGCCACCGGUGGUCAUAGAUCACAGGGAGUGAAGGAGAUACAUUUAAAAUGUGUGUGUAAAUGUGAGUGAACAAAUGAAAGCACAAUGUGAAAUAAGUCAGGGAUGAUACUGAGGUUUUCUGGACACCAGAUGCCCCAGAGAACUAGGUUAAUUUUACACUGUAUCAAUUAAAGAAUAAAGCUGGUGAUGUUCUGUAUUUUUGUGACUGGCAACAAAUGUGGCUCACUGAUGUAAUACUCUCUUAAUAUUUUUUGGAUGGAUCUGUAUGGCACAGAGGAGUAUGUUAUAUCAGACUUUGGCUACACAAACAAUACAUGUACUUGCUAGUUGGUUCAGUUCAUAAUUUUUUGUUUGUUUAUUUGUUGACAGCAAGCCAAAUGCAUGUGAGUUUCACCAGCCUUAUUCUUUAAACCACGCAGGUCCAAAGCCCCUGACUGACCCAGAGUCAGACUACCACUUUAAUCACAGUUUUUGUACACUCAUCUUGCAGUAAGAAAAAAUGAAAUAAAGAUAAAAGAAUCAAUUUUAACUGAAUGGGUCACACCAGAGUGCGAGUCAAGCACAAACACCCGUGAUUGGUCAAUACCCGUUACAUACAUUUGACACUUAAACAAGACAUUCAUAACGUAAAUGCCAGUGAAGGCUGUAAAUGCCAGUGGGGCUCACAGGAGAUGUGCUGAAAAUCACAAAUCCUUGGCUAUUUUUGCAUUAUGGUCCAUGCCUGACAUGUCCAAUUGGUCUUGGUCUUUCAUUGAAGUUCUUGUGCACAUUAAAGGGCUGAAAUCAAUCUCUGCUGAAAGACUGAUGAUAUCUCAGUGAAUAGAAACUGUGAUUAGGUGGCAUCGCUCUCUUGGAGCCUUGUGGAUGUUGACAGAUACCACUCGAGUGACAGGAAAGAAAGAUUUUCAGUGUGAAGCUUGGAGGUGGAAGGGGGGUGUGGGGUGGAGUGGGUAUGUCACUAUUGCCGAGCAGAGCAUAUAGUAUGGUCCCUUUAUGAAAUAUACAUGGCUCUGCCUAUACGUUCACUGUGUAAAAGACAAAUGAAAAAGCAACAAAAUGAAUAAUUUAGUUAAACACCAUGAGCUGGAGCUGGCUCCUGACUCGACUAGACUGCAUGCUGGCCCUUUUAAAAAAAUAUGAAUACUAAAAGCGCUUUAUUCAGCAGAGCAGGUCAGAUCUGCAGCGUUACUUGUCACGUCUGAGAACUCGAGCGUAGCUGUCAUCUUCGCCCCUGUUCUGGUUUUUAAUAUCUUGUUUUGUUUUUUUUGUCCCUAGAGCCUGGGUGCACACUAUCAUUUGCUAUUAAUCAUGUACACACACACACACACACACACACAGAUGCUGUAGACCAGAUCCAAAGUCAGACGAAGAUAAUUAAAAGCUUUUCAUCUCCUGACCCUAACUAAUGGUUACACACACGCUGAAACAAAUUAACAGAGGGAAACGGGAACAGAGAGUGAAUCUUGCUGAAGUGUUCUCACUGUUGCGAUGCUAAUGAUUCCCUUGCUGGCAUCAAAAGCUUAGACACAAUCAAUAGUUUUGAAGCAAGACUAUCUUUUCUGUUUCAUCUGGGUGAUGCUUGUUAUGAGACUUCCAGUGCUAGUUUGUGCGUGAGGGACACUUUGUGAAGAGAUCUAAGCGAGCGAGGGAGACGUCUUACUCCUCACUAACGCUGCUGAGACAGAUUUGUAGUUUGGCCCGAUGGAACACAAUUAUCUUGUUUGGCAGCUUGAACAGAAGUA